AUGCCAAACUUCCAGGAAACUGAGAGGAUGUUUGAACCUCGACCCCCAUCAGCCUUUGCUGAGACUAUAAUUGCAAAGAGAUAUAUAUUAAAGCAAAGGCUCGGCAGAGGGAGCUUUGGGACUGUAUAUCUGGUACUCGACAAGAAAACAAAAGAUGAAGAGGAAUUAAAAGUGCUAAAGGAAAUAGCUGUUGGGGAACUUAACCCUAAUGAAACGGUUCAAGCCAAUCAGGAAGCCCAGCUGCUGUCUAAGCUAGACCACCCUGCCAUUGUUAAGUUUCAUGCUAGCUUUUUGGAGAACGAAAGUUUCUGCAUCAUCACUGAAUACUGUGAGGGCAGAGACCUAGAGUGUAAAAUCAAGGAAUACAAGAAGAAUGAGAAAAUAAUUGAGGAAAGUCAAGUGGUUGAAUGGCUCAUCCAGCUGUUGCUUGGUGUAUAUUACAUGCAUGAAAGGAGAAUACUUCACAGAGACUUAAAAGCAACAAAUAUCUUUUUAAAAAAUAAUCUACUUAAAAUUGGGGACUUUGGGGUUUCUCGUCUCUUGAUGGGUUCAUGUGACCUGGCAACAACAUUCACUGGGACCCCAUAUUACAUGAGCCCUGAAGCUUUGAAGCACCAGGGAUAUGACUCUAAAUCUGACAUUUGGUCCCUGGGCUGUAUUCUGCAUGAGAUGUGCUGUUUAGAACACGCUUUUACUGGAUAUAAUUUUUUAUCUGUUGUUAUCAAAAUUGUGGAAGGUGAAACACCAUCACUGCCAGAUGAUUAUUCAAGUGACCUUAAUUUGCUUAUGAACAGGAUGUUAAGCAAAGACCCAUCACUUCGUCCAGGAGCAGGGGAAAUUCUACAGAUGCCGUAUAUCAGUCAGCAACUCCAGCAAGUGAAGUGGAAAUUGUAUGGGGCAGCGAUAAACAACAAGACUCUAACCUGCCAGAAAGAAGCUGACCAGAUACGUAAUGCAGUUCAGAGAAAGUUCCACCUUCAAACACUUCGUGAGCUGUCAGAGGUCCAGAAAAUGACCCCAAGAGAAAGAAUGAGGCUACGCAAAUUACAUGCCGCUGAUGAAAAAGCAAAGAGGCUAAAAAAACUUGCGGAAGAAAAAUAUCAAGAAAAUCAUAAAUUAAUGCAAGAACUUAGGUCACGUAACUUUCAUCGACAUAGUAUUGAGGUUCUCAAUGUAAGUAACGAUGACACACCUAAUGACCUUAUACAGUCAGAGCCAAGACACUACAAAUCUUACAACCAACCUGAAGAAAGUCAGGAAACACCAAACAGGCUGUGCGUUUCUGAGCCUUCAUAUAGAGAAAUUCCAGAUGACCCGUGUGUAGCUGAGGAGUAUUAUGAGGAGGAUUUUGACUCCUGCACUGAAGAUAGUGACGUCGAAUUUAAAGAAGAAGAAACAGGCGAAUGUGAUGAGGAGUCGUAUGAAACCCAAAUAACUUUUCAGCAGGACAGUGAUAUCAAAGCCAUGGUGCUGCAUUUGGAAGAUCUACUAGCCGCCAGCAAUUUUGAUUCUGAGACUGUCACCAGAGUGUCUUCAUCUAACCCCUUGAGCUCUGGAGCUCUUAAUGAAACCAUGGCCCAGACCAAGCUGAGGCGCAUGAGGGAGUCUGCUGUGCAAAUCAUGGGAAAAGAAACAUUUGAAAAGGUUUACAACUACCUGAAAAGUGCAAGACAAAAUAAUGUCAGUGAAAAAGAGCUCAAGAAACACCUAAAGAAAUUGGUUCCCAAGUCAAGUGAUUGUUUUAUGGUGGACCAGCUUCUCUAUUUUGAGGAAGAGCUACAAACUUCAAAAACAAAAAAUGUUCUCAGGUGAAAGAGACCAUCUACACUCAGAACCAAAAGCUGGCUUAGUCAGACUUAUUCAGCACUCAACAUUGCUAUACAUGUUCUUGUUUAAGAAACUGCAAACAAGCACAAGGCACACCACUAUCAUUUAAAACAUGGUUCAAGCUAAAUAAAGUCAACGUUACAACCUCUAAGCGCACCUCUUCCUCAGAUAGAUAACAUGAGACAAAAUAAAUAAAGAGACCUGAUAAUAACUAAGUAUUGUUUCCGAAUAAAAGGCUUAUCGUGAUUCUGACCUGUGCAUAUAAAAUCAUAAAAAAAUAAUGUUAUAAAUGUCAG